CUGUAAACAUCAAGAUGGCAGGAGUUGAGGAAGUAGCAUAUCAUGGAACCUGGAAGGUAUAUUUUGCUAAUUCACUUUGUUCUAUCAAGUAUUAAAAAUAAUGUAUAUAGCUCACUAUUUUCAGAUUACAUGUUCACUCUCUAAUUUCAGAUUUGUAAGUUGAUGUAUCUUAAAUAUAGAAUCCUAUCUACAACGGCUUUAGUGCCUUUAAUUAGGCAUUACAUUAGGCAUUAGGCAUUAGGCCAGUUAGUUGAAAAAAUUUAGGACUUAAAACAAUUGUAGUAUCUUUAGGGCAUUUAAUUAUUUUUUCAAUGCUGAAAUCUUAAUAGCAUUUUAAAUUAAUAGUAUAUGUAUAAUACUGAGCGCACCUAUUGAGCUUUUGGCUUUGGUAAUCCACCACUUCAGCGUUGGCGUCGACUAAAGAUCUUGUUAUCAUCUGUUACUGUUAUUGUUAUGUUUUGAAAAGUGGAAUGCUAUUUAAACUGUUAUUAUCUUUUUGAUGUCAGUGAAUCAUACAGCUGAGAUGUGAAUGGGUUUACGGUGGCAUAGAAAGACUAGGCGCGGUUUUCUCAUGGAAGUGCUAGACCCAUGUGUCAUGGGCGCCCGCAGAAAACUUUCCGGGGGGGGGCAAAAAAAUCGAUUAACUUUCCAGGGGGGGGCAACAAAUUUUUAGUAAUGUUUUAAUAUAGUUUUAAUUUACUGUAGCGUAUUUGUAUGGUGAACGAACGGACAGGACAUCAGCUUAGUUACUUUCUCUUUAUUUUCUCUUUACUUUACUUUUAUCCAAUCAAUCCAGGGGGAGGGGCAAGUGCCCCACCUUGCCACUACCUGCGGGCGCCCAUGCCAUGUGUGAUCACAUUACAGGAGUGCAUACAUUAUAAAUAGAGUCUAAUAAUGAGAGAAAUUACAGGCUCAUGUAUUGUAUUGGAUGAUUGGGCGGCUUAUGCAAAAAUAAACCAGGUCAUACACGGAAUCUACGAACACUCCAUUGAGGUCCAUCAAAAAAAUUUUGUUAAUCCAAAUGACCCGGGUGUCCACAAAGAAUUUGAAAAUAUGUGGAUACGCGCAAAAUGUAAACUGAAAAUUCAGUUUGGUACAAGCUGUGAUCUAUUCCCUUCUUAUAUGUUCCGCAAUAAUUUUUGGGGAGAUGAUUUAAACUCAAAGUCUGUUUCCUUUUCAUACAUUAAAUUGAAAUUUUCUAUUUAAAAAAUGAUUCAAUAAAAUUGUUUUUUUUUAAAUUUCUAUUUUUAAAUUUAAAAAUUUUUUAAAAUGAAUAUGUACAAUGACAAUGUCAUAAAAAACAUUUCCAUUGUUGUAAUUAGAAAAAUAAUUUUAUCUUAUCUUUAAAAUAAUAACCGUUUAAAUAGCACUUCAAACCAGAAUAACAUGAAUUUUUUAAUAACCGAUGCUUCAGUGGUAAAUUACCAAACUUUCUUACUUAGGAACCAGCCAAAAAUGAUGUCACACUAGUUUGGACCAUUUUUUACCUCCACUCCUCCCCUCUUUCAUCAUUCAAUCACUGUAUUCAGACAGGAAAAAUCAUCAAAAAAGUAAUAAAAUUAGACACCCUCAUCACAAACAUGCAAUGUCGUCUACAAUAGAAUUUCCCAAACUUUAAAGUUUGGCAGACCAGUGGACAUGUUUUGAAAUUGCAUCAAGGACCAGUGCCAGGCUUAUUAAUUACAUUUUCUUUUUAUAGAACCUUAAAUAUUCAUGUUGUGCGGACCGACACCAUAACGCUUGCUAGUCGGCGGAUGACCAUUUGAGAAUUCAUACAUUAGUACCAUUAAAAAUGUCAAAUUUUUAUACCCCCUCCUAACUGUCAGGGCCUUGCACCCAUACCCUCCACCAACCUCAAGAGGGUGCCAAAAUCUUCAUUUUUCAUGCAAAGUAUGCUUAUUACAUACUUCUUUUGGAUGACAUAGCUUUAUGCCUAAUUAUGUCACAAGUUACAUCACACAGUGUGUGGAUGAAAACAUAUUGGCAUCAUGAGGUUUUAUAAGAAAAGCCUAUUUGACUAAUGACAAGACUUGUCAAAAUGACAGGAAAUAAAGAGACCUGGAUGCGUAGAUGACAGGCAGUGUUUUUUUUUUUGGUUGGUUUUUUUGUUUGCUGUUUCACUUUGCUCUUUAUGCCUUCCACAUUAUUAUUAUUAUUAUUAUACAUGGUUUUAUAUAGCGUAGUACCCCAGCCUAAGGCUAGGCUCAGUACGCUGUACAUACAACUUAACAAACAUAAUAAAAAAACUUUAAAAAUUAAUUGACAUACAUUAAUGAAAUAAAACAAAACAAAUGUAUAUUUAAAACUAUUUACCUAUCAAGUCAUGGAUGACACUCAAUACCAUCGUUUUUGGGUCAGAGGUGGAAUCAGUCAGGAUAGUAGAGUUGUCAGAAUUUUCAUUGUGUCAAUGUCAUGCUGCCUACGGGACCCAUCUUGGUUACUUUCAGAGUUUACCUUCUCUAAAAUGAGUUGACAUCCAAGGUCAAUGAGACCCAUCCAUGGUUUUAUUAUGAUACACUCUAGCUUACUGCUCCCUGUCAUCUAUUUUUUAAUAAACUAAAUGUCCACUCUCAUCUAACCAAAAAUUCUCAACAUCAAACAUCAGAUAAAACAUGUCCAUUGUGUUAGGCUCAUAACAUUAAGUAUUAUUUAAGCUUAUAUCAAACAAACAUACUGAUAAGUAUCAUCAUUUCUCACCCUGAUAAAUUAUUAUAGAAAAGUGGUUUUCAGAUAUAGUCUUGUUGACCAGACUAGAGUCAUGACACAGUGUUCAGAAGGAAGUUUCAAUUUUAUAAUUCAAAAGAAAUAAUAUUUGUUAUAUAACAGAAUACAUAAAAUUAUAUGUUAAGACUUUUCAUAAAUUGAAAUAUUAUGUUGAAAUCUUCACUGAGACCCUAGUUGCAGUUAUUACUAUUUGUUCAUCUUUGUUAGGAAAUAGUUUGUUCAUAAGUAAGCAGUAGUAAACACAUAGCUUGCAAAGUGGUUCAUGAGUAAAACAAUUUUUUGUAUCCUCGUCCGGUUUCUCACUCAAAAUGCUUUAUCAAGAGAGUAUGUUCACAGGAAAGUGAUACUGGUGAAAGUGUGAGUCCCCAUUGUCCAGGUUGAGUUUAGGUUGAAAUAAAGCCUAAGCCACUUUGUAAUUUAGAGUUUUGGUUGUUUUAUGUCUUUUCUGGCCUCCUCUGAGAUGGAGUAUAAAUCUGAAAUUUUUCAGGGCCUUUUCGUGAUACAGCUUACAUUUUUUAAUGAUUUAUCUCUUUCAUACUGUGUAUUUUUAAUUCAUAUUUAAAAUAGCAUACCCGACAGAGUUCCGGCAAAGUGGCUUAACCAUAAUCUUUAUUUUGUUGACAGAUAAUUGAAUGUGUCUCUGUGGCAGGUGUAGUAGAGAUUACAGGAAUUGAAGGGUAAGCAGCAUAAAAAACACAUGUUGAGAUAUCCUUCAACUUAAACAUUUAGGCCAAAUUAAUGAAAAUAAAGAUGAGAUUUGCACACUAAAUUUGUAAAAAAAAUCUGGAAAAUAUCAUGUCUUUUUUUAAAAAAAAUAUACUGAUUGCCGUGUUAACUCUAUGGCAACUGGAUAUUGAAUUAGCCAACUUUUUUAUUACAGCAAGUCUUAUUUUUUAACAUUACGAAGCUGAUUUACAUAUUUUUUUGUUUAUCUAUUAUAUUUUUAAAAAAAAAUUAGAGCUCAUGAGUAAAUGCAUUGGAUUUGGACAAUGAAACUCAAAGAAAUUAUUUUCAAUUUCAAGGAUGUGUGUUACCAGUAUUUGCAAAAGGUUGCAAGCGAAGAGUGAUUAAAAUGUUGGUUUUUUUUAUCAAUCAGAUAUUGUUCUUUUAAAGAAAUAGUAAAAGCAGUUGAUAUUAAAAUGUUUUUCAAAUUUUAAAAAUAUUUUUUAUAUUGACUUCAGGGAUUUAUUUUUUUAACGUAUUUUUCAGAACUGAGUUUAUUUUAGAUGAAAAUGGAGAUGUUUCCUGGCAAGUUUCCGAUGAAGCAGAACCACUGCCAUUUUUCAAUUGUGAAACUUAUGAGGUAAACUUGUUUAGUUUUGACAUCCACAAUCCUGCACAGACAAAAAGAAAAUUAUUGCUUGAAAUGGACCAUUAUUUUAAAUAUUCUUAUGUAAAUAUUGUACAUUUUCAGGUUUGUCCAUCAAUCGGGAGUGACCCUGCAUUGUUGAAGUUUAUAGGAACAUAUGCUGGAUAUGUGGUAGAGUUUAAGGUGAUUAAUAAUUAAAUAUAUCUGUUAGCUUAAUCAGUAGGGCAAAAUAGUCAAAAAGUUUACUAGCAUAAAUAUUACUAAAUACACUUUUAAAAUUUUGAUAAUUAUAAUACUUUUUAUAUUAUAACUCAAAAGUUUUUCUUUUACAACUGAGUCUCCAAAGGUAUUUUCAAAUCGGGUAUCCCAGAAAUGAUUAUUUUUAUAUUCAAAGAUGCAUAGUAUCUGUGCAAAUGAAGCUUUAUUUAUGAUGGGACAAAAUAAUUUUUUUUGGUUAAAUGCCUGCAUAUAACAUUUAACAUAUACUAAACAAACUGAAUAACAAGAAGUGUUCAGUGCUAGGAAAUAAAGCCAGCAUUUCAUGUUAUGUUAUUAAAAACGUUAAAUAUCAAUCAGAAUCUUAUCUACCAAUGUAAAUAUAAUGUAAACAUAAUGAUGCAUUCUCCUGAAAUCACUUUUACAAUGCUGUUCAAAAUGAUUUUUAUUCUAGAAUAGAAAUGACUUAUAUUUUUAUCAUAGUUUUAAUUCAGGAACAUGUCUUUUUCAGGUAGACAUCUCUGACGAUCUCAUGUUGUUAACUUAUGAAAAAUGCUGCAUGUUGCAGUGUCAAAAGGUAUGUCUAUGGUCAUUUAGUCAAUUAAAAAUAAAUUAAUUGCAUCCUUAAAAUAGUUAGUGUUUAGAUGACGUAUGAAUUUCUCAGAUCAUGUUGAAACAUUUUCACAGUAUGCAUAUUAUGUAAUAAUAUAAACUAAAAUCGUAAUAAUUAUUUAAAAAAUGAACCUAUGAGUGUAACAGUAUUAAAAAAUUUUGGGUGGUUGUUUUCUAAUACAGGAAAUAAAUUAUUUCACUUACAUUACAUUGACACAUUCGUAUAAUUUAUUUUGUUUAUUGACAGGUUUCCCCUGGCCCGCGCAGAGAGGACACACCUUAUUCAUUUCUAAGUGCUUUAGAGCAAGGCUAUUUUUCUGAUAUUUCCUUGAAAGCAGACUCUGGCAAAGAGGUUUAAACGUCACUUUCAAUCUUUAUUAUCUUAAUGCUCAAUUGUUGAAAAUUAUUUACAUAAAUUCUUUCCAUUUCAAAAUAUUGUUCAAAUUUUCUUACUAAAACAACUUUUUUUUCUUACUUAAAUUAUUUGGGAAAAUAGUUUAAUUGUCAAUAACUGUAAAGUUUCGUAAUUCCAAUAACAGUUUAAAGUUCACUCAACCAUCUUGAAUCUAAGUGCCCCUGAGUUAGACUGGACAGCGAGUAUUACUCCCCUAACCGGUCUGCCAGAAGAUGUUCUGGGAGUCACCCUCCACUAUCUUUAUGCGGAAUGCCUGCCCCGCGGGCUGUCUGAGAAAACAGCUCAGAGGUGCGUCAAGAUGGUGGGGAAGAUGCCUGGAUUUGCCAAGUUUGGGCAGCUGUGUGAAACAUUCUUAAAGAACACAGCUCUCACAGAACGUAAGUUUGAGAUCUGCUGUACAUGUUUAAAAUUUGAACAAACAUUUUGUGUAAAUAAAAUAGUGCAGGUUCGGCUAUUCAAUUUAUACUUAUAAUGAAUGUUUUUUGUGUUUUUCGUUGUACUUAUGAAGGCAUUUUCCAAAACAUUUACAUUUUUCUUCUGUUCAAUCAUUAUUAAAGCGAACCUGUAUUUCCACAAAUUUUUGUGACCGAUUAAUCUACUUGAAAGCUUUAUCACAGUUCAACACCCAUAUAAUUUUUAAGGUGUGACCUAAACAAAAAAUCUAUACUUACUUUUGGUGGUAAAUGACAUAUAUGGGAACCUAAGCCUGAAUUAAUUUAUUUGUUUUGUUCCUGAUCCUCGUUUCCCCCCAAUAACUUGUCACUUUUUUCCCCCCAAAAUUAGAGAUGAAAACCCUUGUGUCUGAUAUUCAUACAUGUGCUGACCGCAUAAAUGACUUGUUUGGUGGACCUGUCAGCGAGGAUGGCCGUGAGGCUGUGACAUUAGAAGGGACCAUGUGGUCCAACCCUGCCAAGCUGUGUUACACUGUGAGACAGGCGCUCAGAGAGGAAGCUAUCGGUCAGUUGCCAUAUGUUGGUGUUCAUAUUUAUUAUGUUAGGACCUCUGCAGUUAUCUUUCUUGUCAUCUUCCAGUGGACAAGGUUCACAGGGAGAUUCUUGAUUCUUUUACUCGGGCAAUCUUUCAUUUGAUACACAUGUAAAAAUAUUUAUACAUUGAACAUUUCACUUCCUCACAUUAGAGUAUAUAAUUUGUUUUAUUCUUUCUUUAAUAAAAAGUUAAUGACCUUCAUUAUUUAAGAUAAAAUUGUAAAUAUAUAACUAAAUAUAAUUAUUUCAAGGUCAAAUAAGUUGUGAAUGUUGACUGGAUGACUUCCAAAAAAUGAGCUAUAUCGAUUUAAAAUGUUCUGCUUCUGCAGAUUUUGAUUGGUCUUAUCUUGUAAUGUUGUCUUUUCAGCAUGCGCCAAGUUGGUUAUUAUGUGUGAUCUCUUCUCUAAACGAAAGUACGAGUUAUCCAGAGAAGAGCGUUAUGAAAUUAUGAAAUAUGUUAAAUCUAGGUAAGUUAACAUUAACUAAAAUAUAUAUACUACUUUUUUUUCCUGUAACAAAGUGAAAAAGUAGAUAUGUUAAAAUAUUGAACAAAUCAUCAUAUGAUUUUAGCAAUAUUUUUAUUCAGGAGCUUAUCUACUGAUGAUUUAAAUGGCAAGUUUCAUAUUCUGAAGUUGUACAAAUAACUUACAUACAUUACAAGUAGGGAGGAUUUCCCGGUUAGCUAUACUCUCGUGUACAUGGCAAAUAUCAAAGUACUUGCAAUAACCCACCAAACAAUGGAGGCAGCAGUGUGUGAACUUCCCAUCUACUCAGGUUACUUGACAAAACGUGUAUUCCAGGAAAGCACAUUAUAAGAGUCCCAAAUAGUGCUAACUUCUGGAAUGUUUUUUUUUUUAAAUGCAGCAAUGCUUACAUACCUAGAGAACUAGUAUCAUAGAUUUCCUUUUACUUGAAUAAUCUCCCUUGUAUUAUUGUGCUGUUGAAACUCACAUUUAUUUCGGUUGUCAUAAUGACAAUUUAGAGUACAGACAAAUAUGAUAUAUAUAUAUAUUUAUUUUUGCAUUUUUUAAUAGGAUUCCUGUAUUUAUGAAGCAACUGCUGACACUUUUAACUACAAUCAAGGCUCAUCUCCAGGCUUUGACCCAACCUCAGAGAAUGGACAUAUCAGCUUACCUAGUACCAGAGGUAAAUAACAAGAUCGGCACAUUGAUAUAAAACCUCUUUUAUUUAACAUUCACCCUUGUGCCUGUGGGUUCACACACCCCCCCCCCCACCCCACCCCAGCGGUUACCAAAUCUAAAGAUCACUAAUUCAGUCAUUAUUGUCACUUAAGAAGUUCAUGCAUGACUGAUUUCUACGCUGGUGAAACACUUGAGAUGUCUUACGUUUAAAUUAUUAUAAUUGUAACAUGUUGUCUUUGUUUCAAUAUGUAAUUAUUUAGGUGCUGGAAAUGACUUUGUACAAUGUAAUAACAAAUAUUUUCUUAUCUUAAUUUUCAUUAAUCCGUCAAUUCAGUGAGGCUGCAAAUGUUUAAUUUAAAUAAGACGAGUCGAUGUUUCAUUUAUCUAAGUGUUUUUAUUGAAUAUAGGUCUCAUUUUUUUGUUUUGUUUACAGAUGGAGACCAUCUUAGACACCAUGUCAAGGUUUGCCAGUGAAACCAAAUCAGCCUUAGAGCAAGCCAUCACCACCAGCAAUGAGAAAGUCCAGAUCGAGAAAGGAGAAAAAACAGACAAGCCCAAGAAAAGUGGCGUGGGGGAUGCCCUGGGGCGAACGCUCAAACAUGUAAGUUGGGGAUGCCCUGGGGCAAAUUCUCAAACAUGUAAGUUGGGGAGGCCCUGGGGCAAAUGCUCAAAUAUGUAAGUUGGGGAUGCCCUGGGGCGAAUGCUCAAACAUGUAAGUUGGGGAUGCCCUGGGGGCAAAUGCUCAAACAUGUAAGUUGGGGUUGCCCUGGGGCAAAUAGACAUGUAAGUUGGGGAAUGCAUGUAUUUUUUAAUUUAUUUGUAAGUAGUUUUACUGCCCCUUUGAAUUUGAAUUAGAUAUGUGUUUUAUUUCUGUAUCAUUACUUUAUAUGUGUCUUAUUUCUGUAUCAUUACUUUAUAUGUGCUUUAUUUCUGUACCAUUACUUUUUAUGUGUCUUAUUUCUGUAUCAUUUCUUUGUUUGCAAAUUUCCAGGCUCUGCAUUUAAAGGAGUUGAAGAAGCUGAAACAUUUCCAUGAAAGAACCACCUCCAGUUUCUUACAUUUACGUCAGAAGAGGUGAGGGCUGUCACAAUGGGGCAGAAUGAUUGCCACGGAACAUUUUCACAAACACUACAGAUUUUUCACACAGUUAUUCUAUUUCAAGGGAAUUCUUUUAUUUAGACUUGUAAACUUUACAUUGUCCUAAAUGUGUUGAUGUAUUUAAAAAAAAUUUAUUCAGUUUUAAACUGGUUGUAAAAUGUAAUGCAAAUUUAUGUAUAAAUUUUUAAAUUUUUUUUUAAUUUUUACAAAAUUACAGUCUUAGAGCUUUUGGUCCACAGUUGUUGUAUAUUCUAAGGCGGGUGGCCAGUUGUGGAGCUUAUGGUCCACAGUUUUGGCUGACAGCCAGUUGUGGUGUUUAAGAACUUCAUGCAUAAAGAAAAUACAAUCCUUCCUAUUGGAAUAAUAUUUUUGUUUCUUAUCAUCAGAGAAAAUUUCAACAUGAAGAGUCAGCCAGACAAAGUGAGAUCUGUGUCACAGUCUCUGGUUAACUUAGUAGAUGAGGUGAGAUCAGUUGCUAACUUUAGUUGAGGAACAUUAAGUUGACAAGAUUUUGACCGUCUAUUGUUGAUGUUUGACUUGGGGGGUAAACUUAGUCUUAGGUAAAUUUUUUGAUGGAUUCUCACAGCUGAGUUCACCAUAUGAUCGAUGGAUUAUCACAGCUGAGUUCACCAUUUGAUCGAUGGAUUCUCACAGCUGAGUUCACCAUUUGAUCAAUGGAUUCUCACAGUUGAGUUCACCAUUUGAUAGAUGGAUUCUCACAGCUGAGUUCACCAUUUGAUGGAUGGAUUCUCUCAGUUGAGUUCACCAUUUGAUCGAUGGAUUCUCACAGUUGAGUUCACUAUUUGAUUGAUGGAUUCUCACAGUUGAGUUCACCAUUUGAUUGAUGGAUUCUCACAGUUGAGUUCACCAUUUGAUUGAUGGAUUCUCACAGUUAAGAUCACCAUUUGAUUGAUGGUUCACAUUUUUGUCACCAGUUUCCAUCAUUCGUGAUACGACUGAGGGAGAUCAUUGUAGCCUUGGACGAGAAGGUGACUUGGAAGGAGUGGAAGUACCUCUUUAAAAUGGCCACCUCCAAAGUGGUAAGUAGCAUGCUUGCAGUGCAUUAACUUAUGAACCGACAAUACCGUUUGUUGAAAUUUUGCAUUGUCUGCAACGUGAUGAUGGCUGAAUUAACGAGGCGAGCUCAUCAUACGUUGUUAGGUCAGACGACACAGCUGCAGGUGGUGCCUGGUAAAAGAGGAGUGCUGCACAGUGAAGGGAUGUAAACAUGAGACGACGCAGCCCCAGUAGGAUAUUAAAAAUGGUUUCUAAACAUUUUGUGCAAUUUGGCUUCCUAAACACACAAAAAUAUCUUUUUAAUAUAGUUAUUUUACUUAGGCAUGAUGUUGAAAAUAAUAUACAAAGAGUUGUUACUACUAACAAAAGAAAACAACAUAAAAAUUGGACACCAGGUCAAAUCGUACACAACCAAAAAUAUGAGUACGUUAUAAACAAGAUUUUUUCCUUCUAUGUUUGGCAUGCAUUAUGCUUAGAAAAAAAUUAUUUCAGUCCUGGGGUCUAGCUAAAGUUCAGUCCAAUCGUUCAGCCCUGCAGCCAAUGAUUGACGAAAUGUGUGAUAUCGUACGAAGUGAGCAGUUCGUAGCCUCGCUGGUGACAUUAGGUCUGAAAUCUCCCAUUGAAACUUCAUCACAAAGUGCACCUGGGAAGGACUCUCUCUUCACGGCUGUGGCUGGAAACAAGGCAACCAAAUAUGCCCAGGUAAGCAACAGCCUGUUCUUUUUUUAAGAACAUUACUUUAUUUCGUGCCAUUUAAAAAUGCAGUUGCUGUUAUUAUUUGAUGAAGAUGCUGUUUAAUGGGCACUGUGUCGUGUUGGAAGAUCUGCCACUCAUGUUUUGCCUCUGUACCUGAUGCAAUGCUAAUGUUCUGCAUAUCUGUUUCUUGUGUGUCCUACAGCUGAGCACCUGAUGCAAUGCUAAUGUUGUGCACAUCUGUUUCUUGUGUGUCCUACAGCUGAGCACCUGAUGCAAUGCUAAUAUUCUGCAUAUCUGUUUCUUGUGUGUCCUACAGCUGAGCUGUGUUGAUUCAUUGUGUGUCUCUCCCAACGCCGGCCUCAGCUGUACAGCAAAGAGGGCACUGGAGCUGUUCAGACACAGUCAUAACACGGACAUGAUGUUUGAGGUCAUAAGCAUACAAGGUGAGACGGACCAUUCCGGCUAACUUACACAUUUCUGUACACUAAUCCAUGUUAGCAUUUUUAAAACAGACCUAUGGAAUACGUCAUAUAGACUAUACGAGAUAUAUUGUCAAUGCAUAACUUAGACAUGCCCUCUUGACCCCCUGAAAUGGCUUAAUAGUCCAAAAAUGUAUCACAAUGUAUGUAUCAUAUCACAACAUAUCACAUAUCACAACAUAUCACAUCAUAUCACAACAUAUCAUAACAGGGUAUAAUGAGCCAUGGUAGUAAGCAGAGAAGGUCAUAGCAAACACCAUGAUAAAUUGAAAAAAUAUUUACAAUUUCUUGUGAAUGUUUCUACAUAAAUCUGUACACCAUCCACAUUCUCUUUCCUAAAUAAACUCAGACAUUCAACAGAUCAGUAAAUACAUUCCCAACCCGUAUCUUCUAUAGUGAUCCAUUUUCCCAUCAUUCGAUGUUUAUUGAAAAAAAUUCUGAAACACUGUUGAAGUGUUGAUGUGAACGAAAACUGGCCAAGUGAUACUUGUGUAACGAUACUUCGAUACUUCCGUGUGGUCCUUUUCAGAGGGAGGAGACAUCAUCAUUGAUCACACAGCGAGUUUAGCCGAGGGCUGCGCCGGGGCUGAGACCGUCAGGGGUGGGGGCGACGGGGAGGAGAGGGAUGUGGAGAUCCAUGAGAUCAAAGCACACCGCGUGCUGGUGGCUGCCAGGUGCGACUGGUUCCGGAAAGCCUUACUCAGCGGAAUGAAGGAGGCCAUAGACAGGUGAGAAUACGUGGGUGAGAGUUCUGGUAUCAAGUGCCGAGGGUUUCCAUCACUGUGUGAGGGAGCUCUUUUAUUGUGGAAAGAGUACCUAUAUAACGAGGGUAAGAUAUCUUCGAUUAGAGAUGAGACCAGGCCGACGUGCCUGCUGUCAUGUGAGAUUGAUUCUGUUUGGCAGAUGAUUUUACUUGCUAAAUGGUUAUGUUGCUGUAUGGUACUUGCUAAAUGGUUGGGUUGCUGCGUGGUACUUGCUAAAUGGUUGUGUAGCUGUAUGGUACUUGCUGAAUGGUUGUGUUGCUGUAUGGUACUUGCUGAAUGUUUGUGUUGCUGUAUGGUACUUGCUGAAUCGUUGUGUUGCUGUAUGGUACUUGCUGAAUCGUUGUGUUGCUGUAUGGUACUUGCUGAAUCGUUGUGUUACUGGGAUCUUAAUUCUCUGGCUAUUGGUUUCUCAUCUUCCUCAGGAAAAUUGUUGUUCACGACACUAACCCAGAAUUGUUUACAAGAUUUUUAGAAGCCUUAUACUCAGGACACUUGGACACCAGCAGUUUGAACGCAGAACAGUUGGCUGAUAUGAUGACACUCUGUGAUAGAUAUGAGGUACAAACCAUUGUGGCUGUAGCAAACAAGAGGUUAUUGACAUAUAAAAAAAACUAACUAAAUUCAUGUCUUAGUGAACUAAAAAAUAAAACAAACAAUGUGUAAAAAUUGUUUGAAUCUAAGGAAAUCUUGGUUUCAAUGUUUGUUUGAACGUUUCAGUAUUUCUGAGCCAAACUUUCUUUAGGUUCCACUUAGGUUCCAUCAAAUCCUAUAGAGAUGCCAUUUAGUUUAGCUAGCUGGCUUUAUGUUUUAAUCUAUUCAAGUUUGGCAGAUCUUCUGUUGACCAGUUGCACAAUUCUGGAUAAAGAGACAAAAUAUUUUUAAAAACGCAUAACAAUCGAUAUUAACAAUUAUUGUUUUUCCUCCUAAAUUUUAUAUUUCAAUUCGUUGUGAGCAGUAUUCCUUAGAUUAACUUAGUUAAACAACAAGUUGAUAGAAUGGACAAUAAUGACACCCCCUGCCCUUUUCCUAAAAAAAAAAAAUUAUAAUAAUUUAAAAAAACGCUCAUGUCUGCUCUUCGCUGGUGAAACAGAAAUUGCAUGUUGUCGCGAAGCGUUUCUUCUGUAUGGUCAAGUCUUUCACUGCACUCCGUUCAGCAGCACACCAUACACAAACAGUCACCAAUGCAACAAACAGCAACCGGUUUGUUGUAAACGAAAGUUUAUUUAUCACUACUCGAUGAACAAGACUUGAUGUAUAAUUUCAGAAUUUGAUAAUAAAUCACUCCAACCAAAUAUUAAUCAACAUACCAAUCCAAACACUUCUGCCAGUAUAUUCCCCAUCAAUUCUCUCAGCACAACAAUUAACAGUAUUCAAUCCACAACAGUCAAUGUAGCACAUCCGCCAUCACUCUUCUCUAACCACAACGAAAACUAACGCGUCACUUCCCAUUACACAAUUACGUCACAACACUCUCACACAAACGAUACGGCUGCACAUACAAUCUCUAACGAACAUCUUUUCCCUAUCAAACAUGACAACAACGCUCUACACAUAACAACAGUGAUUCUCAUACCCUCGACACAUGUCUUGAAUUGAUUGUUUAUUUCAGAUGGACAGCCUGAAACUGGUCUGUGAACAUGAGCUCAAGUCUCACUUAGAUGAGGACAACGCCUUGUGCCUUUUAAAUCUUGCUGACCACCUCAAUAGUAGAAACCUCAGGGUAAUUGUUUACUGUGUUUAGAUCAAUUUUUCACAUUGUACACUGGUGUGGGAGUAGGCUGUGAGAAAUAAUGUACGACCCUAGUGCUGCAUGCAGCUUGCCAUCUUUGGCUUCUUUUAAAGAAAAAAAUAAAAGAUUGUCUUUUAUCAGAAUAAGUAACUGCUACCUGAAAGUUUCUAGUUAAACUACUAAAUUUGUGGGUUUUUUUUUAUAGAAUAACAAAACUUAUCUUUCCAUUUACUUGGAAACUUUACAUAAAAGAAAUAUUUAGAUUAAGCUUUUUAUCUCGGAAUCUUCAAUGUGCAAUAUUGCUAACUAUGGCCAUUGUCUUCCAGGACUCUGCACUGAAUUAUGUGUUAGAGCAUCAAGAUUUGACAUUCAGUGACAUAUACGAUGACCUACCUGACCACUUGAAGGAUGAAGUACAAGAUGCCAUCGUGUGGCACGGGUAGGUCCGUUGAUCAGUCUCAGUGGUUAAAUCGAUCACAUUUUCAUUGAUGGUGUUGUCCGGUCUAGUUAAACUAUGCCCCUUAAAAAUCAAAAACAUUUAAAAGAAGUUUUCUGUCAAAUAUCUGGCUUAUCUGUCAAUGUUGGAGACUUCAGAAGUCCCCUCAUGCCAGUCUGUAUAAAUACUUCACAAGUCCCCUCAUGCCAGUCUGUAUACACACUUCACAAUUCACCUCAUUCCAGUCUGUAUACACACUUCACAAUUCACCUCAUGCCAGUCUGUAUACACACUUCACAAGUCCCCUCAUGCCAGUCUGUAUACACCAUGUGAUGCAUUACAUUUUUUGACAUGAAACGAAAUUGUUCCCCCCCCCCCCAGGCUGGCACCCAGGAACCCACCCACUCGAGGACANGUAAGGAACAUCAAAAACUAGGUCCACACACAAGGCUGUAACAGUAAGGAACAUCAAAAACUAGGUCCACACACAAGGCUGUAACAGUAAGGAACAUCAAAAACUAGGUCCACACACAAGGCUGUAACAGUAAGGAACAUCAAAAACUAGGUCCACACACAAGGCUGUAACAGUAAGGAACAUCAAAAACUAGGUCCACACACAAGGCUGUAACAGUAAGGAACAUCAAAAACUAGGUCCACACACAAGGCUGUAACAGUAAGGAACAUCAAAAACUAGGUCCACACACAAGGCUGUAACAGUAAGGAACAUCAAAAACUAGGUCCACACACAAGGCUGUAACAGUAAGGAACAUCAAAAACUAGGUCCACACACAAGGCUGUAACAGUAAGGAACAUCAAAAACUAGGUCCACACACAAGGCUGUAACAGUAAGGAACAUCAAAAACUAGGUCCACACACAAGGCUGUAACAGUAAGGAACAUCAAAAACUAGGUCCACACACAAGGCUGUAACAGUAAGGAACAUCAAAAACUAGGUCCACACACAAGGCUGUAACAGUAAGGAACAUCAAAAACUAGGUCCACACACAAGGCUGUAACAGUAAGGAACAUCAAAAACUAGGUCCACACACAAGGCUGUAACAGUAAGGAACAUCAAAAACUAGGUCCACACACAAGGCUGUAACAGUAAGGAACAUCAAAAACUAGGUCCACACACAAGGCUGUAACAGUAAGGAACAUCAAAAACUAGGUCCACACACAAGGCUGUAACAGUAAGGAACAUCAAAAACUAGGUCCACACACAAGGCUGUAACAGUAAGGAACAUCAAAAACUAGGUCCACACACAAGGCUGUAACAGUAAGGAACAUCAAAAACUAGGUCCACACACAAGGCUGUAACAGUAAGGAACAUCAAAAACUAGGUCCACACACAAGGCUGUAACAGUAAGGAACAUCAAAAACUAGGUCCACACACAAGGCUGUAACAGUAAGGAAAAUCUGGUGGUCUGUUCAUCCUCUUUUUUUUCCCUCUUAUUUUUUAUCUUUGUCUAUGCGUUACUUGGUUGGCUAUCAUUAUUAAAAUUCACUUUAUGUUAAUGUAUAUUAUUGGCUGAUUUAUUUUUCCGUCAAACGUUUUACUUCGUGUGUUUCAUUUGUUUUGUUCAAUUGCACGCAGCUUUAAUUAAGUAUAUGAAUUAUUUAAAAAUUAAAAAAUUAUAAUGAUAGAACGUUAAAAAAACCACUGACAUUUGUUUAUAUUUUUAUUUCUAAUCAUCGGACUGUGGUCAUUAGACUGUUUUCAUUAGUGGUCAUUCGUCAGUGAUCUGCAUUUUUGUGUGUUGGGGGAAUCUGCAUAAAUUUAUAACUUCAAAGCAGGGAAUUAUUUUUAUCUUAAUUUUAAUCUAUGGAAUAUUGUUCCUUGUCCGUGACACAAACCCCAUCCCUUUACAUUUUAAUCUUCUACUGCACAAUAAAUACCCUCUAAUCCAAAGCAAAAUAUUUGUAACAGUUAAAGUUAUGCCAGGCCUGCUCUGUCAACUCCUAUGUUCUACUGGGUUGAUUCAUUCCUCAAGUUCUUUCACACGUUUUAAUGAGUCGUACUAUUCUAACUAUCACUGAAUAAACUCAAGUCCUUUUCAUAAUAAUUAUAACUUUAAUAUCUAAUUAUAAACACAUGCAUAUAGCGCAGUUCGCUGUCAGACAUAAAUAAAACACAUCCUACUUCUACAAAGUUCUAUUCACGACAAUGUGUCACAAUCAGCAUAAAAAUAUGUCACUCAGUCAAGCGGGGGAAGAGCAUUCACUAACUUAUAAAACACUCAAACACACACCUCGCCUAAUAGAAACAUAAUAUUCAGUAGAAACAAUUAUCAAUGAACUCCCAUACUCGACAUGCUCAAAACACUCAACUCUCUCUGCUUUGUUUAAAAAAAAUCUUUGUUCAUCCUACCUGCAGGGCUUGGACCUGUCGACUUCCAGUUCAUCCGAUGACCUACCAUUUGUUGAAGAUGCCGCCAGACUUGAGUCUUGCAUCCGGGAUCUUUUGGAUAUUGUAGGUGACACCGUGCCACGGGAUGAACUCACCCGGAUAGCCCUGGCUGCCGACUAUGAUACCAACAGAGCCCUCAAUUUUUUCUUCUCCUCGUAGCAAAAACCAUAAAUUUAGCUGUCAUGUUUGCUGCCACAAUUUCAGACAGAUAUCUCUUAGCACACAUUUUAUUGAAGAGUUUUGAUUUAUUUUUUUAGAUAGACUAAAUAUAACCAUUAACGCCUGCAUUAUGGGCAUUAUUUCAAUGUGUGUUAGUUAAUUAAUAUUAUUCCCCCGAGAUUGAACAGCCUCUUAGUUUGACUCAUGUUGAAAUAUGCUUGACGGAUGUAAUUAGUUUUUCAAAGACUCUUUAUGGAUUGACAGUUUGGUUUUAAAAAAUACUUUUUUUAUAUUUUUUUUAGAGGAUUUCUCUACAGCAAAUUAAAAAGAAACAAGUGAAAUUAACAGAAACUUUUACAGUUUUAUUUACAUUUAAGGGCAAAAGCACUAGAGCAACGUAAAUUUUUUAAUGGAAUACCUGUAAAUGAGUAAAUAUUUGCUCUCUGCUUAAAGAGGGAUCAAUAGAUAAACAUUUUUGAUUUGGUAGGUUUUCUUUGUCCACAUAAGUAUUUCUAAAGUGGACAUGAGUUUUCACAUCCUAGAUGUUCUUGCAGUCUUGUUUCAAAACACCAUUUCCUGCACUUGACCUUUGCCAUUAGCAGAAAGUUUCAAAGAAAAAAAAAACCCUUUUAACUUCAACUUAUACUAUUGCUGCUCUGAAUUUUCCCGUCAGAAUGAUGUAACUCUUUUGUCAUACGAAAAUGCAUCAUUGCAUGUGAAUAUCUGAUAAGCAUUGAAGUGAACCUUUUGAUCAGUCAGAUUUUUUUGUUCCUAUAUGAUGAAACUUGAGUAUGGACAACACUUUUUACAACAACAGUUCAACUCUGCCUUCAACAUCAAAUGAUUUGUGUCCUGGCCAAAAGGAAUCUUUUGAAAAUUCUGCUGUGUAUUUUUAUUUUGGUGAACUGGGCUCAGAGGCGUAGCGAGGGGGGGCAGGGGGGGACAGAUGUCCCCGGGCGCCAGCUAGUUAGGGGCGCCAAAAUGUGCUUUGAUAUUAUAUGAUUGGUAAAAAUAAUGGGUUUG